AUGUCGUUUUCAUUUGGCUUCGCCGGCGAGGACAUCUCCGACGACGAGCAGCAUGCUCCGAGCCCCAAGCCGGCUCCGACUCAGGCCCCGGCUGCCAGCGCCUUCCCUGUCCCGGGCAAACCGCAGCUCCCGCCCACGCUCCAUGAGCUCGCCGGCAUGCUCGCGCAGCUGCCGUCCAAGAUCGCCUACAGCACGCUGGACGUGGCUUUGGACGACGGGACGGCCAUCAAGAUCCCCCGCCGCGAGCUGUGGGAUGUGCGCGUGCAGCUGAUGGCCGAGGAGGAGGAGAUCAGCGGCCAGGCCGCCGCCGAGGGCCUGGGCGCCCACGACGUCAAGACGGGCGUCUACGAGGGCGGCUUUAAGAGCUGGGAAAGCAGCGUGGAUCUGGUCAAGGUGUUGGCGGCGAACAAUUCCAUAUCGGCUCUUCUGCAGUCGCCAGUACGAGUGAUUGAGCUCGGAUGCGGUACUGCGCUGCCAUCCGUAGCCCUCUUCCAAUGGACCAUGUCCUUGCCGUCAGAGAGGCGCCCCCUGUCUUUAAUCCUGGCAGACUACAAUCCCACAGUCCUCCAGCUCGUCACCUUACCCAACUUCAUCCUGGCCUGGGCCCUCAACAACCCGCAAACGCCCGCCCUGAAGGAUGCCUUCUCAAUCGAUGGCGAGGUCGAGCUUGGCCUUGAUGCCAUCACCGCUUUCCAGCAGUACCUGCAGGCAUCCAACAUCACCCUGUCUUUCGCCUCGGGUGCCUGGUCCAAGGCGUUCGUCGACCUGCUGUACACAUUGCCCGCAGGAGACGGCCAGUCGACUAGCACUCUGCUCCUAGGAGCAGAGACCAUCUACUCCCCAUUUGCCCUACAGGCCUUUACGGAGACCAUCUUCACCAUCCUCGAGAGAGAAAGAGACACUCCGGGCAGCGAGGCGGGGGCAUAUAUCGGCGCCAAGAGGCUGUACUUUGGCGUUGGUGGGUCGUUGGAUGAUUUCAUCGACAAAGCUCGCGGAAAGGGCGCCGUCGUUAAUCAAGUCCGAGAGGAGACAGAGGGUGUGAGGCGAGGCGUUGUUCAAUGUAUUCUUAGACCUACAUAG